AUGGCAGCACCGCCGCCGGCGCUCCCAGGGGAGCUUGUCGAAGAGAUCCUCCUCCGCCUCCUACCCGAAGACCCCGCCUGCCUCCUCCGCGCCUCCCUCGUCUGCAAGGACCGGGGCAACAGCGUCUCCGGCCCCGGCUUCCGCCGCCGCCUCCACGAGCUCCACGGGGCACCCUCCGUGCUCGGCCUCCUCCAUGGCAAGCCCAGCCAGCGCUUCAUCCCCACCACCGCCUCUCCCUUCUUCCUCGCCACCCCGGAUCACCGCUCCAGGCGGUCCCUCGACUGCCGCCACGGCCGUGCCCUCUUCCUCCAGGACGCCAAGGAACUCCUCGUGUGGGAGCCAAUCACGGGCUCCCAGUGGCGUGUACCUCUGCCUGCGGCGUUCAAGCGCAGCUACUCAACUGCAGCCGUGUUCCGCGCGGCGGAUGGGUGCGACCAUCGCGACUGCCUCGGGUGCCUUUCCCGUGUGCUCUUCGUCUUCUCCUCUGAUGAUGACGACGAUGGGUUUGCCACGUCCCUUUCCGCGUGCUUAUACUCAUCGGAGACCCGUGCCUGGGGCAGCUGA